AUGAGGAUCCUGGUGUGCGUUCUUGUCCUUGGAGUGGCCUCUGCCGAGGAGAAGAAAGCAGAGAAGCGAGGGCUGGAUGCAUCCCUCGGUAGCUACAGUGGGGGUUUUGGAGGCAGCUACAGCAGUGGAGGUGGAUACGGAGGCGACAUUGGAGCAGGUUACGGCAGCAGCUACGGUGGUGGAUUUGGAGGAAGCCUCGUUGGCGAGUCCGUCGGUCCGCAGGUGUCCACAGUAACAAUCCCCAGACAGGUUCCCGUACCGUACCCUGUGCCUGUUGAGAAAACCGUGCCAGUCCCGGUACAGGUACCUGUCACCAUUCCUGUAGAGAGGCCAGUCCCGGUGCCCGUUUCGCAGCCUUAUCCUGUGCCUGUGGAGAGGCCUGUCCCUGUUCCCGUAGGCGUACCUAGGCCAGUCCCUGUGCCCGUUCCUCAGCCGGUGGUCGUGAGCCAGCCGGUACCUGUCGUGGUCGACGCUGGAUCCAUUGGAGGUGGCGUCGCAGGUGGCAUCGACGGAGGCGUAGGUGGUGGGCUUGCUGGAAGCUACAGCGCUGACUUCGGCAGCUACAGUGGAGCCUUCAGUACAGGCUAUGGCGGAGGCAUCGGUGGGGGCUACGGAGGUUACGGAUCUUACGGGAAAUUCAGCCACUGACGCCUGAAGCUGAACCCAUCAUCUUCAUCCAACACACGCCAUCACAGAUUUUAGGUAUCAUUUUUCUAAUUAACUGUGCACAAAAAUAAACUUUUUUGUGAAACAUAA